UUUGUCGGAAGGGAAAAUUGCUGUGCAUUGGGCGAAUACCCCCGUCACAAAAAUCAACCCGAUUCGGUCUCACACCCAACUUUGUUCAUCUGCUUCACCGUACUCCUACGUUUUUUUUCCCAGUCCAUCACCACUGUGUCAAGUGCAGGAUGGAGAACGGUCAUCAAGCUGAUGAGAAUGGGGAAACUGAACAAAGGCAAGAACUUAUCAAGAAUGUUCUUGAACUCCAAACUCAGUUGCGUGGCUUGAUCUCGCGAGUGGAUACGGCUAGAAAAGAGCAUCAAUCGUUGUUGACUGAGAACCAGAUGCUGCAAAAGUACAUUAAUAACUCGCUCACGUCAACUGCCGUGUUUGGCGCCACAGGAGGUGCCGUGGGUCCUGCCGCUGUCAACAAAUCUACACCAGAUUCGUCCCGUUAAAUGUGUACAUCAUCAUUUAUGGGAUUUUCCAUUUUCCCGUUUUUA